UUCUCCAGUUUAUAAUAUUUACGUCGUAUAAAAUACAUCUUUGAUUCAUUAUUUAAGGAUAAAGUGGUCUCGAUGCGCUAGAAGCACUGUGCCGCUUCUCGUGCUAUCUUUGCUUGUUAGUUAGCUUAGCUGGCUAGUUAGCUUAGCUUGUUAGCUGCUAACAGAAGACACAGAAGUUAUCAACACAUCGCUAAGUAGAGAUCAAGUGUGAGAGUAAAGUGUUGUGAUUGUGUGAAAAUGUGCGAAAGAAGGAUAGCAAAGUAUGAGGAGGAACUUUGUCCAACAAAAGAGGAGAAGGAGCGACAACAUCAACUACUGGACGCUGUUUUCAAGAAACAUCAAGUUGUGUUACACAGAACAGACGUUGAUGAAGAACAUCUUCCUCGUGAGCAGGAGGAAGAACCACAGUCCCCCAACAUACAUGAGGACAAAGAGGUACCACAUUCCCAACACAUCAGAGAGGGAGGAGAGGAGCCACAGCCCCCCCACAUUAAAGAGGAAGACGAGGCGCCACAAACCCAUAAUGUUAAACUGACCCUUCACAUUAAAGGUCAAGCGGAGGACCCACUGAUCUUACACAUCAAAAAUGAAGAGGAGGACCCACUGACCCCUCACUUUAAGGAGCAAGAGAACCUGCUGACACCUCACAUUAAAAAGGAAGAGCUGGACCCACUGAACCCCUACUUUAAAGAGGAAGAGGAGGACCAAGGGCCGCCGCACAUUAAGGAGGAAGAGGAGGAAGAGGGCAUCAGUCAGCCUAAAUGGUUGGAGGAGUUCCCAGUGACUGGUGUCCCUGUGAAGAGUGAAGAUGAUGAGGUGAAAGGUGAAAGUGAGGAGAGGGGAGGGGGGGAGCCUCCAAGCAGCAGCUCAACACAACACAUGACAACAGAAGCUGAUGGAGACCACUGUGGAGGAUCACAAGCAGACAAGCUCUUAGCUCCACUAUCAGAUAGUGAGGACACAACGUCACACUCUCCUGACACUGAUGAUGAAGACUCUAAAGAUGAUAAGACAUGUCACACUGACAACACUCACUUCACAUCUUCUCUCUGUCACAAAACUUUUAAAUACCGUCGUAGUCUGAAAAGACACAAGAGAACACACACUGGAGAAAAAACUUUUAUUUGUUCAACCUGUGGUAAAGGUUUUGCACAAAAUCAGAGUUUGAAAGUCCACAUGAGAACACACAUUGGUGAAAAACCUUUUUCCUAUUCAACCUGUAGUAAAGGUUUUACUAGCAGUCAAUGAAGAGGUACCACAUUACCAAUACAUUAAAGAGGGAAGAGAGGAGGCACAUCCCCCCCACAUUAAAGAGGAAGACGAGACGCCACAGACCCAUAAUGUUAAACUGACCCUUCACAUUAAAGGGCAAGCGGAGGACCCACUGAACUUACACAUCAAAAAUGCAGAAGAGGGCCCACUGACCUCUCACAUUAAAAAGGAAGAGGAGGACCUAUUGACCCCCUGCUUUAAAGAGGAAGAGGAGGUCCAAGAGCCGCCGCACAUUAAAGAGGAAGAGGAGGAAGAGGGCAUCAGUCAGCCUAACUGGUUGGAGGAGUUCCCAGUGACUGGUGUCCCUGUGAAGAGUGAAGAUGAUGAGGUGAAAGGUGAAAGUGAGGAGAGGGGAGGGGGGGAGCCUCCAAGCAGCAGCUCAACACAACACAUGACAACAGAAGCUGAUGGAGACCACUGUGGAGGAUCACAAGCAGACAAGCUCUUAGCUCCACUAUCAGAUAGUGAGGACACAACGUCACACUCUCCUGACACUGAUGAUGAAGACUCUAAAGAUGAUAAGACAUGUCACACUGACAACACUCCCUUCACAUCUUCUCACUGUCACAAAACCUUUAAAUACCAUUGUGAUCUGAAAGCACACAUGAGAACACACACUGGAGAAAAACCUUUUUCUUGCUCAGUAUGUGGUAAAGGUUUUGGACUUAGUCAGAAUUUGAAAGUACACAUGAGAAGACACACUGGUGAAAAACCUUUUUCUUGCUUAGUAUGUAGUAAAGGUUUUGUUCUAAGUGAACAUUUGAAAUCACACAUGAGAACACACAGGGUGAAAAACCUUUUGUCUGCUUAAUCUGUGGUAAAGGUUUUGCACACCGUAAUACUUUGAAAAGACACAUGAGAACACACAUUGGUGAAAAAUCUGUUUCCUGUUCAACCUGUGGUAAAUGUUUUACACAAAGUCAAUAUUUAAAAGUACACAUGAGAAGACACACUGGAGAAAAUGCUUUUUCCUGUUCAAUCUGUGGUAAAGUUUUUACACAAAGUCAAGAUUUGAAAGUACACAUGAGAACACACACUGGAGAAAAACCUUUUUCCUGUUCAACCUGUGGUAAAGGUUUUACACAAAGUCAGGAUUUAAAAAAACACAUGAGAACACACACUGGUGAAAAACCUUUUUCUUGUUCAAUCUGUGGUAAAGGUUUUACACAAAGUCAGAAUUUAAAAAAACACAUGAGAACACACUUGUGAAAAAUCACAUUCCUGUUCAAUCUGCAACAGAAGCUUUGGUGAACGAUCAAAGCUUGAAAGACACAUGAGAGAAAGUGUUGAGUUGCAGUGUGUGUGGUGAAAGAUUGUCUUCUAAGUACCAGUGUAAGAAACACAAGUGUGCUGGUGAGAACAGCAGCAGCAAAUGAAACUGCAGGAUUUGAAAUAAACUGUCCAGACUUUCAUUUUGACUUUCUAACAACAUCAGCACAUAUAACAUGUGUGACAUUGUUGUUUGUCUAACAAUCUGUUUUAUAUGCUUCUACAUUUAUAGAUUAGAUAUUUUAUAUUAUCGUUUUUUUCAGUCAAGUACAUGCAUUAAUAUGCAACAUUGUGUACUUUUAUUAAAAAAUUGACAGAACAAUUUGAGUAAAAAGAUGAGAGUAAACAAUGAAAUACAUAUUUUGCAUGCAAUAAACUUGUGUGUAUGUAUACACACACUCAUAUAUAAAUAUAUAUUUUGUGUAUGUUCAUCAUACAAUUUUAGACCGAUUCAUAUGAAAUAUUGAAGUAUAACAUAUUUGUAUUUCUACUUGUUAAUAAUCCCGUAGAUCAGUGGUUCUCAAAUGGGGGUACGCGUACCCCUGGGGGUACUUGAAAGUAUGCCAAAGGGUACGUGAGAUUUUAAAAAAAUAUUCUAAAAAUAGCAACAAUUCAAAAAUCCUUUAUAAAUAUAUUUAUUGAAUAAUACUUUAACAAAAUAUGAAUGUAAGUUCAUAAACUGUGAAAAGAAAUGCAACAAUGCAAUAUUCAGUGUUGACAGCUAGAUUUUUUUGUGGAAAUGUUCCAUAAAUAUCGAUGUUAAGGAUUUUAUUUUCUCUGAAGAAAUGUUUAGAGUGACGACGCUGAUUCCCGAUUCUGGUAAAACCUCCUUAGUACUUGCUAGCUUCUGCGCUAUGCUUUUGUUUUUUUCUAGCUCUUAUGCUAGUUCUGUUGGUUUUGCCUUUUGUGCCUCGUGCCAGUUUUUCUGUUCUUAGUCUGUUUUAUAAGUUUAAAUAAAUCUAUAUUUCUUACCUUACGCUGUGUCCGAGCCCGAACUGCAUCUUGAGAGAACGACCCGCAACACCAUGCCAGCCAAACAUCACAGGGUCUCUAUAAUGUAUUUUAUUCAUUAUCGUUAUUACUCUGUAAUAUGAUGAUUGUGUUGUGAUUGUUUUAUAUGUAUGUCCCCAGACCUUUAUGCAAUAUAAAAGUGAGAGAAAAUGGCAGAUUUUUUUUUUUGGGGUGAAAGGUGGUUUUGUUUUUACGAACAUACAUUUGUGGAUAUAUCAAAUAAAUCCAGUAUUUUGUUUUAAAAACAAUGUUUUUCUUUUUCAACAUCCCCAAAACAACAUCAAUAUCAGUCAAAGUUUGGAGUGUCAGACAAAAGCCAAUAUUGUACAUCAUCCCACAGAGAUUUACUUUGCAUACAUUCUUAAAAUAAACUGUUUAUUGUGUUUCCCAAU